AUGCGCUCCUUGCAUAAGCGCUCAAAGCUUGAUGUUGGGGCUAUCCAAGCAUCGGAGCCUAUCGCGGUAAUCUCGGAAAACAAGAAACCUGUUCUGGAUUGUAGCCAAUGGCCCCUGCUCCUGAAGAAUGUUCAUCUCAUGAACGUGCGAGAGUGUCACUUCGAGGCUGACACUACAGGAUACUCUCCACUACAUCGACCAAUCGAUGAACAUAUACAAACCGGUGUGAUAAAUCUUGACAAGCCCUCUAAUCCAUCAUCGCAUGAGGUUGUUGCUUGGGUCAAGCGUGCUCUCGGCGUCGGGAAAACGGGUCACAGUGGAACUUUGGACCCGAAAGUUACCGGUUGUUUGAUCGUUUGCAUCGACAGGGCCACGAGGUUAGUCAAGUCACAACAGAGCGCCGGGAAGGUCUACAUCGGUAUUUUCCGACUGCACGAAGCACUGGACAGCUACAAGCGCGCUGUGGAGACACUUUCCGGUGCUCUUUUUCAACGUCCACCACUAGUCGCUGCUGUUAAGCGGCAGCUUCGCGUUCGCACGGUGUACGAAAACAAACUGCUGGAAUAUGAUAAAGAGAAAGGGCUCGGUAAGUUUGUUAUUCAUGCGUUUAUUGGUAGGUGUUAUCCGUGUCACAUAGUUGCGCCGUGUACGGUCAGGAAUAAUGUCCGAAGAGGUAAGGGUGCUUUGGUAACGGCCAAUUUGCAGGAUAAUCUUGUGACAAUGCACGAUGUUUUAGACGCAAAGUGGCUUUACGACAACCGUAGAGAUGAGUCUUAUUUGCGUCGCGUCAUUAUGCCGCUUGAGAGGUUGCUUACUAACUACAAGAGAAUCAUGCUGAAAGAUACAGCGGUAAGUGUUUAUUUCGCCAUAUAUUUCCGGUUGCCAUUGGUAUGUUUUACGGACGACACUAUUGCUUUGAUGACAACUGCAACCAUUGCAACAUGUGAUCAUGGCCUUGUUGCAAAGUUGAAACGUGUCAUAAUGGAGCGUGAUCUUUAUCCUAGACAAUGGGGUCGUGGUCCUGUGGCGUUGGAGCGCAAGAAACUGGUCGCACAGGGACUAUUGAGCAAGUAUGCCAAAUCUAAUGAAGUCCCUCCAAUUGUUGGAACUGCUGCGAAAAAUGUCAAUAUUAGUUUCUCUAUUGUUCUAAUGCAAUGCCUUUUUCUUUUCAGGGAAGAGAGCUCCAAAAAGAAAACACACAAGCGUCCGCCACCAUCUUCAUCCGAAGACAGUGACUAG